UUGGCGCCUCAUAUUUUUUAACAAAAUGGUAGCUGGAGCAGUGGCGUAGUGAGGAUAAAGUUUUAUGGCAAACACUCUGUACGUUAAAACGCCUCUUAUUGAGGCAUUUAACAUUAAUGGGAAGUACACAGCAUAUCUUAAGCUUGAAAACACUCAACCUAGUGGCUCAUUUAAGACACGAGGUAUAAGCUUUCACUGCCAAAAGUUAAAAGAACGGGGUUGUCAUUGUUUGGUUUCUUCUUCAGGAGGAAAUGCUGGUCUUGCAGUUGCUUAUACAGGACGGAAAUUAGGACUCCCAGUAACUGUGUUUGUACCUGAAACUACAAAUGAUCAUGUCAUACAGAAAUUGAAUCAGCAAGGAGCUUCUGUCAUUAAAAAAGGUGCUGUGUGGGACAUCACAAAUGAAUAUGCAUUAAGGUUUGUUGGAGAGAAGAAGGAGGAUUGUGCUGCACUUGUUCAUCCAUUUAAUCAUGCUGAAAUUUGGAAGGGUCAUUCUACAAUUAUUCACGAAUUGAAAGAACAAAUGAAGGCACCACCAGAUGCUGUUGUAUUAAGUGUUGGAGGUGGUGGAUUAUUAUGUGGAGUUGCUGAAGGACUUAAACAUGUGGGAUGGUCAGAUGUACCUAUAAUUGCUUGUGAAACAGAAGGAGCUGACUGUUUUAAUGCUGCUAUUUCUGCGGGAAAAAUUAUAGCACUUUCUGAAAUAACAAGUGUUGCAAAGUCUCUUGGAGCUUUAACUGUAGCUGAAGAAGCUUUUCGUUGGUAUUCACAACGUAAAAUUAUAUCUGUCAAAUUAAGUGAUAAAGACGCUGUAUCUGCUUGUUUAAGGUUCUCUGAGGACCAUAAAAUGCUUGUUGAACCAGCUUGUGGUGCAUCCCUUGCUGUGUUAUAUAAAGAAGAUAUACUGACUGAACUUGUUGACACAAAGCAACUAAGAAAAUUAGAGAGUAUUGUUGUAAUAGUUUGUGGAGGUCAUUCCGUAAACAUCGAACAGUUAGUAAAGUGGAAGCAGGAAUUUGAUAUUUGAUCAAGCAACACAAUUUUUAAUAGGGUAAAUCAAUUAAAAAAUUCAUUUUUUGUAAUUUUGCACCCACUUAUUUAUGCAAAAUCGUGAAAUUAAAUACAGACAAAAAUUGACUUAUUGAACUUUGCUAGACUAUAAUGUUCGAGGUAGCACCUAUAUUUCAAUAUUUCGCAUGGAUUUUAUUUCGCGAAUUUCAAAAAAAUUUAAUUGACACUAAAAACAAAGGAGGUAAACACAAUGGUGCUAAAUAACGAAUGUUCAAAUUUUCUGCAGUUCGAAUUAAUGUGCAAUUUUUAUAAAGAAAAUAUCAGCAAUCAACCAACGAAACAUGAUAUACAAUUAACAACAACCUUAAAAAAAUACAUGAAAUUUUGUACUAAUAUUCUUGUUUUUUGGCAAAAUUCACAAAAUAGUAUCUGCGGAAUAUGAUAGUUCAUGAAUUUUUUAACCCUAGAUUAAA